GUGCGCAGUGCGUGCGGCUCUGAACAUCAACCUAAAUCCCUUAUCUGCUGGUGUGGACCAAUAGCACAGCUUCACAGUUCUCAGCAUCACCAACCAAAGGAGACAUCCAGCAUCCCCAGACCACUGGAGCGCCUACAGAGACCUCCGAGAAGACGCGAAGAUUGUUUUUUUUUUUUUUUUUUUUAGAUUAAAAGCCUAUUAUUUUAUUGGAAUCUAGGCUUGCUGACUAUCUUAAUAUUAAAUAAUUUUCUUUGGGGUGGCUGAUUUUGCAUCUCCUUGAUGCGCAGUUUAUCAAGGAUAAAUCCAGACAGCCAUUACUGCGGCUCUUGUUUUGCCAAAGCAUCGUGGAGGAGAGCAGAUUCCUGCUUUGCCGUGGCAGAGCUCUCAUCUAUCCAGACUCCAUUUUUCUUUAAACAGAACACCAACCUAAAUUUGGAUGUCUAACACAGAUUGAACUAGUCUCGGGAAGCAGUGGGGCUCCAGUCUGGCACCUUCUUUAGCUGACCCCUAACCUUGAGAUUCUGAAAACCCACUCCUGGCAUCAUGGGAACUGUGCUAUCUCUUUCACCCAGCUACAGGAAGGCUGCCCUGUUCGAAGAUGGCCCGGCCACCGUGGGUCACUACACGGCAGUUCAGAACAGCAAGAACGCCAAAGACAAGAAUCUUAAACGGCACCCACUCAUCAAUGUACUGCCUUGGAAACGAAUAGUAGCAGUCUCCACCAAGAAAAAAGGGUCUAAGAAGGUGCAGCCUAAUGCCGGCUACCAGAACAAUGUUUCUCACCUCAACAAUGAGAACCUCAAGAAGUCACAGUCUUGUGCAAAUCUCUCCUCCUUUACACAGGACCAGUCGAGUCCAUCAAAUCAAGGCUCCAAAACCUCCAACAACACAGCUUCAUCGGUCAAGAAGGCACCUCUUUCCAACUCUAACGUUGUUCCCGGGACACCCAAGAGGGUGAUAGUCCAAGCCUCCACCAGCGAGCUGCUGCGCUGUUUGGGAGAGUUCCUCUGCCGGAGAUGCUAUCGACUCAAGCACCUUACUCCCACCGACCCUGUGCUGUGGCUCCGUAGCGUGGAUCGUUCUCUGCUGCUGCAGGGCUGGCAGGACCAGGGCUUCAUUACUCCAGCCAAUGUGGUUUUCGUCUACAUGCUCUGCCGUGACAUGGUCUCCUCUGAAGUGGCUACGGAGCAUGAGCUGCAGGCCGUGCUGCUGACCUGCCUCUACCUGUCUUACUCUUACAUGGGCAAUGAGAUUUCCUACCCUCUCAAGCCGUUCCUGGUGGAGACCUCCAAGGAGACAUUCUGGGACCGCUGCCUGUCAAUCAUCAACAUGAUGAGUGCCAAGAUGCUGCAGAUCAACUCGGAUCCUCACUAUUUCACCCAGAUCUUUGCAGACCUCAAAAAUGAGAGCCAGAAGGAAGAGGAGAGGAGUCGUCUGCUCAUUGGCCUGGACCGGUGAGGGGGCUUUGGAUCUGUCUUUGGUGGCACUCUUGUCUGGCAUUUUUUAAAGUGAUUGUUCACCCAAAAAUGAAAAUUCUGAGAAAUCUAUUCACCCUGAUGUUUUUCCAAACCUGCAUGCCAUUCUUUCCUCUGUGGAACACAAAAGAAGAAGACAUUUCGAAAAAUGUCUCUGUGUUUCUUAGUCCAGGAACAAUGGGGUCCAACAGGUUGUUUAACUCUCAUUGUAGGCUUUUAAUAAUAAAGGUUCCAAGUGGGGAUUUUAACAGUGAUUCCAUACAAGAAUCAUUUUUGGUUCCCUAAAGAACCUUCAGUUCUUAAAGAACCAUUUCUAAUAGUGUGAAGAACAUUUUAAACAUCUAAAGAACUCUUUUCCACUACAAAGAGCUUUUUGUAGAAUGGCGAGGUUCCAUGGUUGUUUAAGGUUCAGUGUGGAAGAAUAGAUAUAUUUUAUCAUUGAAAACAGUAUCUUGUUAUGUUUUAGAUGAUAGAAAAGAAGGUGAAUAAAUUUGACAACGUUUUUCAUUUUUGGGUGAACUGUCCAUUUAAAUAGUUCCUACAUGGUGGAAAAAAAUAAAGAGACAUGUUUUAGUGUAUUAUUCACAUUCAUACAUUUUAUAGGAAGCACUGGGUGAUGCAAAUGUUGUUCUAAAGGAGUAGUGAGUCUUUCAAUACCUUUAGCAAUGGCAGUUUUGGACCUAAAUACAAAGAAAUGCCAGACUUGAGUGGUCCAAAUGCUCUAAAGAAGUGAAUAUUUAAAAGCACUGACAGAAAAGACUUCAAAAGGACACAAUGAGACAAAAAGAACAACACAACUUUGAAUGUGGACAGGAAUCCAGCUGUUGUCAAGCUGACUUCUGGACACUUUGCACCAAGAUCCUUGCUACCACUGUCAACAGAGCUGGAGACUGAUUCAUAAUCAACAGACACUUGUCCGCCUGUGUCCACGGACGUUCGGUGAAUGCUAAACACCUAGCUGUUGCAAAUUCAGUCAAUUACAGCCAAUUGCAAAAAGGGAAGAGGGGCGUCUGAGCAUUAGGUUGAGCUUGUUGAUGUUCGCAAGCCACAAACAAAGAAUAAAGGGAAAUGACUCUGAGGCCAGCAAUGCACAGUGGCUGUUAAUAUAGAUGGUGAAAGGAAAGGUUGUCAGCACAUUGGUUAGAAAGACCUACUUUAUUUUCAUCCAUGAUACAGAGUUAAACAGAUCCUCUCCUGUGCUCUAUAUCUCUGAAGCUUUUUCAUUUUUUUAAAAAACUGAAUUCAUCUGAAUGCACACCCAACCUGGAUGAUGUAAAAUACUUUGAGUUUUUUGUAAGCCGACUGCAUAUGUGUUUAGGGAAUGAAAUAUAAAAAAAAAAAAAAAAAAAAAAAAAGGAAACUAGUUAAAAUAAUUUAUAUUGCUAUGCCUGCUUCAAUGAGCCAUUGUUUUGUCAUUUUGUUUUGUACUCAGACUAGUUUCAACAGGGGGCUCUGUACAGAAAAGCCUGUAAAUGUAUCAAAAACAGUGCCAUACCUUUGAUGAAAAUCAUGUAGGUCUAAAAACACAUACCAAAGGCCGGAAAACUUUGGAACAGUAGGAUUGUCAUUAAUAACAAGUAUCAGAAUCGUUAUUUAUUGUUAUUUAUUAUUUUCACACACUUUUCUCUUGCAUUUAGAGAUUUUAGCAAUGUUGUAAAAAAAAAAAAAAAAGCUACAGCAUUUAGAUCGAUGGCUACCUUUUGGUGGGAAUGAAGAUGAUGGUUUAAUGCAGAUUUGCAUUUGAAUGAAUUAUUCAAGGCAAUAACGUCUGUUAGAGCUUAGUUUAAGACCAUUUUCAGAUCUGAGAAACACCAAGGUAAUUCAUCAUAAUGACAGACGAUUUGUUUCAAUCAAAGCUAAAUACGUGAAACCCCUUCCUCUGUGAAGUACUGUUGGGAUUUUCGACAUAUCAGCACUGCAAAAGCAAUCAUGAGUGAUUAACCCAUGACAACGCAGAUGAUAACAAGCUUCAAGAAUUAAACUGGAUGAGAUGUGGUGUAUUUCUGGAGAUAGGCAGCGAUUUUUGUGACAAAUUUACAGAGAGGAAUUACAAACUGACAUUUGCAGCCACACUGGUGACAUCAAUCAAACUGGAUCUGGAUCUGAUUCCAUUUGCCCGCUUUAAAACAUCUCAACAGUGCUGAAUUGUGCAUGCUUUCUUUCAGUAGUUAUGUAUCUCUUUCUUUAUAGUCAAAAAA